UGAAUAUAUGUAUCCAGGAUACACGUUUGAAAGACCAGUCUAUCUAUAUGUCUGGGAAACUUUGGUUGUUCUCUGCUGUGUUCAAAACAUUCUUGUCCUGUCCGUCUUCAUGCACAGGAAAAUGCGAAACCCAACUAAUAAUGUUCUAUCAGCCAUAGCAGUCUCGGAUUGUUUAACCGGACUUGUUACUUUACCAGCAUACAUCAUGGUGUAUCAGGAGUUCGACCUAUUUAUAGCAAAUAACUAUGAAUAUGGAUACGGUAACCAAACAACUCUUCAACCACCAACACACCCACCUGUUGAUGGAUAUGUCCUUACUAAGAGUUUAUGUCGUGGUUUCAUGUUCUCUAAAGAUGUUUUGUCCAAGUCCUUUCAUACGAUUUCGAUAUUUCUUACUUUAUUUCUCGAAAUACAGAAGUAUGUUUCAAUGGCAUAUCCAUAUAAAUAUGAAACGUGUUUUAAUCGGCUUAAAGUAGUGAAUAUAUACUGCGUGUUGACAUACCUAAUGUGUCCUUUGCUAUAUGUGUUUCAUCUAGUCAGAGAGAAAGCCGAAGAUGGAUUAUGCCAAUGGGAGAUUCCAGUCACAGAAUGUGCAAAGGAUUGUAUAUACUUAUGGGUCGCAUUUGUGGUCCGGCAUUUUAUUCCUAGUGUAACACUUCUUACAUUCACAAUAUUAUUCAUGUACCAACUUAAAAAGGGGGAAGAAUCGUUUAAAAGAGUUGAUAGCAAUUCAUCGCAGUAUUCAAGAAGGGUCAGUGAGAAUAGGCGCAUAUGUAUUGUAGUGACUACAGUAGUAGCCGUGAGGUUGGUCCCAGAGAUACCAUAUUGUAUGUUAUUAUUAUAUAACAGUGUUGACCUGACAUUCAAUAUGGGUAAAGGCAUAGACAUUGAGACAAAUAGAAUAAUUCAUAUGACCUUUGAACUGUGUCUUAUAAUAACGUUUCUGGCUAACUUUUAUAUAUACAUUAUUGUCAAUAAGACAUUUCGGAAACACUUGUAUCACACAAUAUUUUUGCCUUUAAGAACCAAACUCUACCAUACAUUAAGUCAUAAACGGUUGCCAUUUUCAACUCUUACCAAUAGAAAGGCCUCAGCUGUAAAGAAGACUUCUGUUACGCCAGGGGAAAAGAUAGAAUUUAAAACAAUUCAAACGGAAGGUUUAUGCAAAACUAUUAAAUAAGAUCUAAACGUUUAGGAAAAAACAUUGAAAGUGCAGUGAAUGAUCAUGUACAACUUACUACUGUUGUUGCAAUUAUGCAAUACUUUAAGAAUAGUCCUCUAACAGGGCUUACAUAUACCUUUAAUAAUUGGACAUUGAGAUUUUGCUAUCAUCUGAUCUUCGCUUAUAAAAAAGAAAUAUGUUUGAUAACUUAUUUGUGUUCAAUAAAGGAUGUAAUGUAUUUGAUA